AUGAUAAAAACUGCGUUAUAAUUUGUGAAUGUAUAUCACAUUAUCAUAUUAUUACGAGUGGCCUACAUUUCUACGAUAAAUCCGCGUUUACAUUUAUGGCAAACUUUAUUUAUUAUAAUUUAUGCCAUAACGGAUGUACGAGUAAUACUGUCGCUUUAGGAGAAAUGAGUUUAAACCUGAACUCUAACAUUUCCUGUGAAAAAAAAACGAAAAAAAAAUUACGAUGAAAAAGGAUUUGGAAAUAAAGAUAAAGUGCAUGCAAAAUGAGAAUUAAUCUCUCUUUCCUAAGCGAGAAAUUCUCUAUCAUGUUAAUAAGCAGUUCAUGUAGUACAUAGAAUCAGACACAAUUUACGAAAUGUCAAAUAAGCAGAAGUUUAUCCGUCGCAUUCAAGACCGUCAAUUAAAAUCAAUCUAAAUCGGAAGGGUGAUGCCACCGCGGAAUGGAAAUUACUGUUGCGUCAAGCUGGGCGUAAUUACCGGUUGCUCAUUAGUCCAUCUUCAUCCAUCUCCGCGAGGGUUAAGUGCCUGGAGCACGCCACUCCGGAAAUCUUCCUCGUGAUCACGACGAGGGGGUUGCGGCGUGAGAGAUGCCGCAGUCUCGGGUGGCUCGGGGAUGAUCGUGCGGGAUCGGAGCACGGGACAUCGGUCGGGGUCAUAAAUGGGGAGGCGCGGCGUUCCGGAGCGGUAUUUCGUCGCGUGACGCCGUUGCGUUCGCAUCGAUCCGUAACGACGGCGCGAACGUAGGCAAACCGUAAGGGCGCGGAUAAGAGAGGCGCGCACACGAGCCGAAAAUCAAUCCCGGCGCGUGUCAGGUUCUCGCGCCCGCGGCGCCGAAGAACGAUCGGCGAAGAGGAUUGUUUCCUUACGAGGCGAGGGUGACGACGAUCGGCCGCGAUGCUGAAGAAAUUCCUCGGCAAGUCCGGCCGCAGGAUUCUGCGGGCAAUCAAGAAGCUGUCCACCAAAAGCCGCAAAGCCAAAAGGUCGCAUAAUCCCAGCUCCUGGCAUACGGCCAUCCCGGACCUCGAAACGACCUCGCUCUCGUGGUCCCUGCCGUCCCUGGACGCCAAAAGUAUCGACACGUACAUGACGUACGUGGCCGAGAACCAGGAGGACUGCACGUCGAACUGUUGCUGCUGCGACGAGUACGAAGAGAACCAGAGGAACGAGAACAGGGAGAACGAGAUGAUAAUCUAACGUCCGUGCCGCUAGGCAACACGAACCGGCGCCCUGCUUCCAUCCCCUCCCCCCCUCAGCUCGUUUGCCUCGCGAUCGAAUUCGCCGGCGAUCAUCCCCGAGAGGGUGGGAAUGAAUCGCACUCGCGCCACUCGAUACGAAUAUUUAACCCUUAACUGGUGAGUACGAGCAUUCGUCCGGCACUUUUUUUUCUUUUUUUUUUCAAAGAGCCUCGUGAUGGUUAAUGCAAUAGUUACACCAAAGAGAAUAUUUAUCGAAAACCUGUAACUGGUUAAGGGUUAAUCACGAUCCCUCCGUAAUCCGUGCCACUCACAACAUACACACCAUACACGAGCAUACAGAAAGAACGAUUUUGUUGAAGUAUAUAAAAAUUUAGCUAGACACGAAUCUGAAAAUAAUUUUGUUGGUUUAUUAAAAUAAUUAUGUAAAAUAUUCAAGUUAGGGCAUCAAAACUGGUUAAGGAUUAAUCACGAUCCCUCCGUAAUCCGUACCACAUACAUAUACACACAUAUAAAAAGAACGGUUUUGUUGAAGUAUGUAAAAAUUUAACUAGACUGCACACGAAUCUGAAAAUAAUUUUGUUGGUCUAUCAAAAUAAUUACGUAAAACACUCAGGCUGAUUGCUAGAUUGUCAAAACUUUUUGCAGCAUUGAUUAUCAUGCUUGCCCAUAAAUUUAUUCAGCAAUAUUGCAUCAUUUGCAACGUACCAGCAAUAUUUCAGUAACAUCACCUUCCAGCAAUAUUGCAGUAAUAUUAUAACAUUCCUAAUAGUACACUUUAUCCGGGAUACAUUCUGGGGAUGUUCUCAGAAUGUUUAAAGGACAUACGAACGUCCUCAGGACGUUCCCUAGGGAUCUAUGCUGUUUGAGUAAAGCAUCGUUCUGUAUGGAGAAGUUCCAUAAUUAUUUUAAUGAAAAUUUCCAUAAUUAUUUUAAUGGUCCAACUAAAUUAUUUUUCAAUUUUUAGAUUUAUUUUUAGAUCUGCCUAAAUUUUUAGAUAUUUUAGCAAACUCGUUCAUGUGCAAGUGCAUAUACACGCAAACACAGACAUACGGGCGCUUUUACGCGCUCCUUUAUUUUUCGAUAGAUACAUGUCGCACGUCGAAAAGAUGAAAAAUGCUCUGUGGCUGGACCUCGGAUUAUAUUAUAGCUGUAUAUCUCGAUUCCCUCGGCGUAUCAUCGAGAGAUAGGAACACGAUGGAGAGACAACGUUUUAUUUCCGAUUAGUCUUCCAGUUCUAGAUCUAUUUUCUAGCGCCGACUUGUAUUUUUCAACGAUCUCAUUUAACGCCAUAAUUUUAUAAAACAGACGUGUCUUAUAUAUUUAUUUAUUACCACAAAUUUACUUGAUAAAAUAGCCGUGAUUACGAGCGCAGUCAUACAUUGACAAUUAAGUUGGUCCACUUGAUCCAAUUCUGGCAUCAACGAUGAAUCUUUUUUCGUUUUUCUUUUGUCGUUUCUCACACUCAGAAAAAAAUAGUGAUGAUAGUAUAAAGAUGGCAACUAUACAAGUUUUAUAUAAGGUGAAGACAAACCUAUAAUAUAACUGAAUGGUAAUUCCUUGUACAAAAAUAAUUAUUUUUAUUAUUUUUAACGUAGUCUCCUUUUAAAAAGUCAUUGACUUAUCAAACUAUCCACGCAUAAUUAUCGCUAUGAAAUAAUUUAUUCAAUUACGUGUGUUAAUUAUAUACGUUAAUUCCACAUGUAAAAUUUGUACAGUUGUCAUCUUUAUAGUUGCCAUCACUAUGUUUAUCUUAUAAGUACUUCUAUCGCGCAAGUGAGGAAAGGAGCAGCGCGACGCUCCGCGCGUCAUCGUCUCUUUCGACAUAGAGAAUAGCAAUAUAUGACGUAGUACAAAAAAAUAUAUAUCGCCUAGCGUGUUAUCGACAACCGUUCGCGCGCGGGAAUGACGUCCGAAAUAGAGAUACAAUUAGGACUUUUCCAUCCGCGCGGAUUUUAUCAUAUCGGGUCUAACUCGUGGAUCACUAUUUUGCAAUAUACUAUAUUCGAUGUCACGAACUGUUUUUUAGACAAUUAAUUAAUUAUUUAUUCUCGCGGUUCUCUCGCGAGUCCUCUACGCGUCCUAGACACAUAAAUCCACGGGACCUUACUGUCCAGGUAAUUUAAUAGGUCAAUUCUAAAUGGAAUCGUGAAAUUCAAAACUUGUUCUCGUAAAAACUUAUGAUUGAUGUCAUUUUAUGCAUAUGUAUCCUAAAAUCGAUCAUUCAUAAAUAUUUACGAUUUCUCAUAAAUCUUAUGAUUAGUAGGAAGCUGUAAUAUUGCUGUAAUAUUGCAUAAACUUAUAAGCACUUAAGUAAGUUCUUGCCUACAAAUCUUAAAAACUUUCUGCAAUAAGCCAUUAAAUCUAAGCUUUAAGUUUUAAGUCUUAAAGAAUUAAUCAAUCGUAGUUGAUUAUUUUUCGCACAUUCGAACUGUGAAUACUUAAUUUCUUAAGAUUUGAAGCUUAGGCUUGAUGGCUUAUUAUAGAAAGUCGAAUUAUGAGAAUAUGUUAUGAGCCUCAUGAUUCUGUUUAGAAAUGAUCUGUAAUUCUCUAAGUAAUUGUAAACCCCAAAGGAGAGAAACUUCAAGGGAUGUUAGACUAUAGCGAUUAGAGUAACAUGAGAUUUAGGAUAACGAGAAAAAUUAAAACUAUUUACUUCUUCACUUAAACUAUACACUGACGCAUAUCUUUCUGCGGCACCCGCGGUUGUAUUAUACGUAUCGACGAAUCAAAAUGUAAGACAUUUAUCGAUCAAUCUUGGUCAGAAUGCUCUGGUUGUACUCCCGUUAUUUAUCAGGGAUAUAAAGAUUUCUAAGGGGCAGUUCUCCGAAUUUCUAAACUCGAUGUCGUCGUCACUUUUACGCUGUAUAAUCGUCCUAGGUGUUCAAUAUUUCGCGCGGUCAAGGUGCAUUCAUUAGUUAGAUACAUUCGGUACAGGCAAAUCAGAUUUUAAUUCCCAGGACAAGAGCACAUAAUAGAUGAAGUGUCGGCCGACUGUUGUGUCAUUUAUGAAAAGUCCAUGGUAAUGUAUGUAACAUUACCACUCAAUGUGCCAUACAAUGCCCAUGCAAUGUGCAUGUGUAAAAGAUAAAGAUAUCUUUUAAAACAUACAUUUCUAAAAGAUAUCUAAAAAACAUCGUAAAGACAACUCUUAGACAUUGCAUGUUAGCUGGACAUUACAUGCAUAUAACACAAUUUUAAUUAAUGCUAUUUAAUUAAUGCUCUAAAUGGUUUGGAGAAUUAAAUAUUAAACAAGUAACAAAAAAAGGACAGUUAGCCAGGUAUAAUGAUAGUGCUUAUUAAGACAAAAUAUAUCACUACAUUACAAUUUUUAAUUUCUUCCAAAUGUUUUAAACAAUUUUAAUUUAGGAAGAAAAAACUUCAAGCCUGUUUUUAUCCAUACUCCAAGGCUGAACUUCUUGCACAGUUCAUCUUUUGUCUUUUUCUUUCCAAUGUGAAAAGACAAAAGUAAGAACUAUGUAAAUUCAGUCUUGAGGUAUGGAAAAAGAAUAGGCUUUUUGUCUAUCGUAUGCUCUUGUUCUAAAAGAGGACCAUAUCUCAAGUUAUUUUUGUAUUUCGCAAACCAAUUUAUGUAAAACAAUGGUUCCUUCGUAAGACUCAUUUUGAAUUCACCUUUCGCCAAGUUCGAGGGUAUUUAUAUACAAUAAGUCGCACCGGCCUGACUCACUCGAACCGAGUUUUUCUAUUUCCGAUUGUUUCCGGCACCUUUGCUCAAAGCGCGUAAAAUCAAUCUUCACUAAAAAGUAGCAAGAUACAUUUUUAUUCUUCCUACGGGUGUUGAUUUAUUGUAAGAAGACAAAAAAAAAAGAAGAAGAAGAAAAAGAAGAAGAGCUUUAAUGACUUAUAUCUAUGUAUAGAUGCAGAAUUUAUAUAUAUAUAAAAGAGGAAUUAUAUAAAUAUGGAUGUAUAAUAUGGAUGAUGCGUGUUGAUAUACUUUAUCGUCUCGAUAAGGCUGUGACUUUGUAAAGAGGAUGUGAGUGUCGUAAAUAAAAUGGUUUUAUUGACGAA